UGCUGGUUAUUCCAAUGUGAGCUAGCUCGCCGGGUCCUGUGCUGCUGCUCAGUUUGGCCACACCGACUUGUGCGUCUAUUUUGGUAUCUUUUGAGCUCGCUGUCAGGAGCCCGGCCACACCAGUGCAUUUGAACAUGGAUCUGAGGGCUUGACUCACUUUGCAGGUGGUACCGCACUGGAUUGUUGGACAUGAAGGAUUGUGUUUGAUACCGGAGUCGGUGUUGGAUCCUUGCACUCAGCAUGAAAGACUCAUCACCAAGGAAAUUUACAUACUCGACCUCUUCCCUGAUGUCCGCCUGAGCCGGAAGAGAACUGAAGGAUCUACGGAGCUGCAGCCGCUACAAAGGAGGCAAGACUGGUGAUGACAAGGAAGAAAGACACUGUCUUGUUGACAUCAUGAGCUGUGUGGAAAAGCGACACAUGAGCCAUCGGGUGGGGAGCAUGCUCCACCAUCGCUUCCCCAAUGGCUUCACUGACAUGUUCAUGGAUGAGACUGAUCGGGAGGUCAGCACUCUCACUGAUCGAGCCUUUCGAAGUCUCUGCGUUGGAGACGACGCAGUUUACAACGACGAUUUCUUGUAUGGAUACUCACCUUUCAGCUGCCACAAACCUUUGGUGGGAGAGCCACUUAAAAAGAGUCAUCAUAAAGAAUCUAAAAAACAAGGGCAAAACAAAAGUGACAAAAACGACGCCCAGCCAUGGAAGCAGCAGCAGCAGAAGAAUAUAUCCCAGAUGUCCUCCUUCCUCAAGGCACUAAGCGCCACAGAGGAAAGCUGUGAGGGGAUGUUAAUCAGAAAUGGAGGCACAGCGGACUCUAACGGAGAAUCGUGGGAUAAGUCUGCACUUCGCAGCAUCCAAAGAGAGCUAUCAGAAUUCUCAGAAUAUCACAGCGGCCUCACAGACAGACAUUACAAGAACCAUCAUCGACAUCAGUCUGGUGAUGGUUCAUCCAACAAAACCAGCAAAGAUGUUGGCCUUCCCUCAGGAAAAUCCACAAAGACUAAAAAUGGGAAAUCCACUGUCAAACUAAGAAAACUGAACAUCAAAAACUUUUUCCUCCACAGUGAGUUUAGUCCUUUUCAAACAUGGACAGAUUUUAACCGGUUCCCCUUUGGCCAGGGGGACACAGCCACUUCUAUUCUCCCUACAGAUAACAUCCCCAAAUGGUAUGACUUGCCAUUUUACAAGGAGCUCACUGAGGCACAUAGAAAAGAGACUCUGCAUACAGAGGAGGUACAGUCAUGUCAAAAAGAAGCAGUUGAGCCUUCUCCCCCGACUGCUUCCAAACCCAUCCCUCCCCCUCCUCCACCAAAGGUCCUGCCAAAGCCCUCAGCCACUCCGGCUGGGAAGAGGUGCUCAUCAGAUGGAGGGGAAGGGCAUGCUGCCCCCUGGAGGCGCAACAGGUCCAGGGCAAAAAGUGCAAUUCCAGUCAAUCAAGCUGGGAUGCAACCUCAAGACAAUUUUUCAAAAGCAUUAGAUGAAAGCCUCUUGCUGGUCAAAAAGGAAGCUAAAUCUGUGGAAGUGAAAGCAGUGGAAGAAGUCAGCUCGUUGGCCUCUACUCCAUUCAGCAUCUGCCAGCUGAUGACUCCCCUCAUACCCUCCAGACAACCAACAGAAACAUCAGAAAUCCUCCAAGCAGUCUUCUCGCCCUCUGCCCUAGACCUUCCUCUUAGACCACAAUCUGAAGCCAAGGUGACCCCUGAACCUCCAGUCAAGCGGGAGAGCUACAAAUCACUCGCCUCCAGCAUCCUCUUCAACCUCAAAGACAACAGGAAAAGGGUGAAGAGUCGCUACAGCCCACCUAAAUUCAAAACUCUAGAGUUGCCUGAAGGUGGAGCACAGUCUCCACUAUCGGAUCAAGUGAAACAUUCACAAGCUGGUUCUGAGGGCAAUGCAUCUGGCUUAAGCACACCUGCCAUUUUGAGAGAUGGGCUGGCAGUUUGCAGUCCUAUUGUUGAACCUAUUGGAUCUCCAGCUGCUGGUGUUACAAAACACGACUCUGACGGGCCUCUGUCAGAUGAUUAUUUGUUGUCAAAUUUACUGCAAACCAAAAAGGAGGCUGCAGGUAAUAGCAGCGUUGGAGAUGAGACGACCAUCUCUCCUAAUAUACACUCAAAAAAGAACAAGAACCCUGCUAAAAAGCAAAACUACCCCUCUCUGAAUCUGUACAAGAAAGCAAGCCCUGUUGACGGCGAUAUGAAAUAUCUUCAAAUCCCUCUGAGCAGCAACACUCCGGCUCACGCAGAUCCACAAACUGAGACAAGUGAAGUUUCACCGCUCAUGUUAAACAAAGGACUUUCUCCAAAAGCACUGCCAACGAACACAGAGCUUUCACCAAAUACUUUAAAUGUCAUCAAAGAUUAUUCACCCAUAAUUUCACCUCACACACUUGAGAAAGAGGGGCUGUCAUCAGGAGUUAAAAGACCCCCGAAUGUACCAGAGAAAACAAAACGGCCAGUGAAAGAUGCAAAGGAAAAAGACUUUGGAGUGCAGCAAAAGGAAAAAGAUGCUGGUGGCCAAGCCAUGAGCACAAAGGAUGUGAUCAGAGCAGCAAGGGAAGCGAUUAAUGCAGCCAAAAAUAAAGCUCUAUCAGCAACUCAUUCAGAUAGCAUCAAUAAGGCCAUGUCAGACACAGACGAACUGAGGCAGAAAGAAAUAGACGAGAAAGUUUUGAAAGAAACGUUCAGCAGUAAGAGGGAGAGUUCAGUUCAAGAAAACAACGCUUUAUCUCAAAAUCGAAAUGACGCAACUGGUGCAACACUGGUUGGUAAAAACAGUAACGUCAAGAAAGAUCCUCCACCAGUACCAAAGAGAAAUUUUGCUAAAUCUGACAUUCAAUUUGCUCUUGACAAACAACAAACACUUAAUGUUGACAAAGUCUCUAACGGUGAUUCGGGUGAUACAAAACUAGAUUUACCACCAAAAGAAGACGAGUCUGUCCAGAAACAAGACAAGCACAAGCAUAUAUUCUCAGCCAGACAGAACAAUUAUAUCAAAUAUCAGAGAUAUGCAGUGACAGAUGAUGAACAAGUCGAGGAUUAUGAGGAAGGCAACCCGAACGUGAACACAAGAAUGGAAACAGAUGAUGAGAUGAUGUCACAAAGAGAAGCAAGAGAUAGUGAACAUAUAAUUAAUGAUUUGCAGGCUUUGAAAGAGCUGGAGAGAGCGAGGCUUGGCGAUCGUAUCCUUGAGAAGAACAAACAAGGGGUUGUUAACAUAGAUGAGGAGACAAAGGCUAAGAAUGAUUUGAUCUCAAGGGAGCUUCGGAAUAUAAAGAGAGGCAUGCUGUCGAUGAGAGGGAACACAUCGGCCAAGAGAGAAAUGUUCUCAAAGAAAGAGAAGGAGCAGAGCAAGCAGGAGGCCUUCGCAAAGUUAGACAGUAAUGUCAUAGUUAAUAAAGCAGUUAUCAAUGACAAUUAUGACAAAGCCAAAAUGGCACUUGAAGAGAUCAUCUCAGAGAGGCAGAGGAGAAAGAGUAAAACCACAGAGCAGGAUGAAAGUCCUGUGUCUGAUGAGAACGUUAGUGAUGAAAGUUAUGCAGCAAGACUGCAGCAACGUCAAAAAGCGAGGAAAGAUUCUAUGACAGAAGUCAGGGAAAAACACAACGACAACACUUUUGCACUUAAAGAUGUAAAAGAGAGACUUGGUGAUCUGAGAGACCACAAUCACCUCAGGCAGAUUUUGUCACAAACUGAACCCAGAUCCGGGGAGACCCAUAGAUCAGGUGGUUGGAUAGCACUACCUGGCAUGGACAAGACUAGCAAUGAGCUGAACACACUCCUCAAAACCAAAGCUAAAUAUGUGAAUGAUAAAUUAACUGACAGUCCUGGUGGUAAUUCAGAUGUCAAUUUGAGACAAAUAGCCAGACAGGUGUCUGAAGAUAGCGAAGAGUACCUGAUGAAUCAAACUGAAGGCAAAAAGUUGAAUGCUCCCCCUGUUCCCCCGAGGAGCAGAAAAGGAGGAAGUAGAAGAGAUGGAAGCGUCACCAUGGAGAAAGAUGUAGUCGAUGAAAAUGACUUUAAUAAAUAUGAAAAUUAUGAUGUAGGCAUUGAUGAGGUGAGGACGGAUUCAGAAAUACACGAAGCAGUUAGUGAAAAAGCUUUGCCCCAUCAGAGUGAAAUCACUUCUGACAAAGACAGGUGGGAAGAGGUUAAGGUCACAAAUUCAAAGUCAUUCACUGUAACCGAUGCAGUACCAAAUGAAUCCAUUUCAACUUCAAGCUACAAGCCAUCUCAAAAUACAUUGUGCUUAUCACCAGAGUUCAAAGAAAAUGAAAAUAAGUCAAGCAACAUGCAGAUAAAUAGCCCCACAAGGGAGGCCACAUCUGAAACUAGCAGUGCCAAGGCAAAGGAAACAUACAAGAUAAAGCGAAAGGCCCCUUUAAAACCAGACCAUCUUAUCACGCCAGACGACAAUGUAACUAAAAGUCUAGCAGCAGAAGAAGAACCUGACAAAACAGAAAGAGCUAAUGAGGAUGUAAAUGUGGAGGCAGAUGCUCUCAGUGAAACCCCCAGAAACAUAAUAUCCCCCUUGCUGCUGGUAAAUGGCGUAAACAUCAACCAGAGCCCACCAGACCAAGCCAGCUUGUCCUCAAAAUCUUCCUACUUCUCCGUAGAGAGUGCACUGCACAGAAAUACUGAGUCCGAGUCAAAUGUUUACCACUCACUGGAGAACUUGCUUGCAGAGGUGGAGGAGGUUGACGAAGCAGUGCAGAAUGUUUCACGAAAUACACAACAGGAUUCAGACAGAGCAGAAGCGGAGUAUUAUUCUUUAAGUGAUCAUGAGAGUGAGCCAGAGGUUGCAAAGCGGCCGAUAAAAUCUCCGCAAAAAGAGGCCGAAGUACUGAAAGAGGUCAUCAAAGAAAGUGAAGAUACCACCACAGAUCCAAGUUUACCUCAUGAUGAAAAUGUUUCAGCAGCAAUGUCGCCCUCUAAUACUUUCUCACCGACUCUGGGGAUCCCUGCCUUGUUUAAAGUCAAAGACAACACCUUUAGUAAUAAGUUGAAAAAGACAGUGCAACCCUGGUCACCAAGAGGCAGUCUUAGUGGUUCAGAGAGGGGAGAGGAGGAGGCACGUCAAGUAAAAGAAACUCCAGAGCUCCCACUGGUGAAUGAAACUCCUACCAGUAGUAGUACCUUAAUUCCAGGAGAAAUCUUUAAACCUAAAGAGAUCUUAUCAAACCAGUCAUCGCCCCUGCUGCUCUCACCUUCAAAUCUCCAAAAUGAAAACCUAAAGACACUUCAAGCUGGAUGUUUCCUCACUGUCCCACAGGAGGAAGACAGAUUUUCUGGGGUUAGUCCGUCAUCUGAAGGCUUGGAGAGCUUACCAACCAGCACAGGUGACACAGCUGAUGAGAUGACAAUGAACGCUGGAGGGCAGGUGGAACGUGAAGUGACAAAGUUACCCAGCGAACGCUCGGGCUCCACCUGCAGUGGUAAUGACAGUCAAACAGGUCUGCCCAAGCCUCCAGCGGUGUUACCCAAAUCUGAAAAGGCAGUUCUAAAAGCCAUUAAGUUGGCAACGAGAAGGAUGAAGAAGGAGGAGGCCCAGAAGUCAACGCACAAGUCUUCUCAAAGCAGCAGCAAACACAGAACUGAUAGACACAAGAGUGAUAAAUCGGAGCACAGAAGCAGCAGCAGUAGUAAAACUGGCAGGAGCAGCGAGAAAAAACACAGAGAAAAAACUGAAGAUGGUCAUCGUCACAAUGAAAGCCACCAUAGAAAAAAUAGCGACCAGCAUGAGCCACUACCAAGCAACAAUGAAAACCACCACGACAACCGAAUGGAAAUGAGCCACAAGACUCGGAGGCAGAGUCACGAUUCAGUUGAAAGCAGAGAAGCACCAUCCAGUGUGGCCUCAGAAAGGACGGGACGUAGCAGUGACAGACACACCCGAGACAAACCAGAGCAAAGACACUACAGCAGCGACAGGAUCAUCAGCAACGUACCUGUGUACAAAGCUAGCAUCACCGAGAGACCCAUGUCGGACCGGCCCUUCCAACGGUCACAAAGCAUUGAUAGGUACCUCGGAGAUAAAGUAGAGCGCAGGCUCAGUGCUGAUACUUCAGUCAGCGAGAAGCUCGACCCCAGGACCCAGCGCAUUGAGAAAUCCAUCAUGGACGAGCUUCAGCAGAGAGGCAGAGCCAGAGACAAGGCGAGCAGAGACAACCCGCUAAGGAGGAGUCACAGUAUUGAUGCAUACAGCACCGACGCACCUCAUCCAUCACCUCUGUCUCGCCAGUCAAGCCUCACCAGCCAGCUUUCUCGCCAGUCUAGUAUUGAGCACACCAUUGUUACGCAGUCCUUCCCUAUGACCCAACGCAAACUCCUGCAGGAUCCAGACUCUGGGCAGUACUUCUUUGUAGAUAUGCCCAUACAAGUCAAGACAAAAACAUUCUUUGAUCCUGAAACAGGAAGCUAUGUGCAGCUGCCAGUCCAGCCACCGGAGGGCACUGUUCAUCAGCCGUCCCCUAUGGAGGUCCUGACCCCGCCGAUGGUUGUCUACCAUGGCUUUGUCCCGGUGCCUCUGUCCCCCAUGGCUCAGAAAGCCACCAUCCAAGCGCCUCGUAUGGAACCGGAUGAGUUUGAGCAGAGGCACCUAGAAAGGUCAAGGCAAAUGCUGUACAAGGAGGGACGUCCAUAUUUAGAGCCUGUCUAUGGUCAACAUGACCACAUGUUAGGAGAGUUCAUGGGCACUGAGGAGCUGGACUGUCCAAGCUGAUAAGCCAGGAGGUUUGAAAGGAAUAAUCCACCCUCCCCUAAUACUGUUUUGUCAAAUUGUGGUGUUCAUUGCAUUCCAGGAGCUAUUUUUGUGAUGUUUUUGACAUGGUAUACCUUUUUUCAACUGACCUUAUCAACUCAUACUUCAGUUAUUGAUUUUUUUUUUUUUUUACAUUUUCCAGAAGGACUAUAAGCAAACAAAAACACACCAAUAAUGGAUUUCUCCCUGUCUGAUUCUUAAAAACUGGUAUAAAACAACUAUAAGAAGGAGUCCUCGGGCUUCUAAAUAUCUUCUGCUGUUAAACACUAUUGCAAAUAUCCUCUUGUCGCCCUGUUCUAGACAGAAUGAUAAAAAUGCACCAAAAAAAAAAAAUGCCACCAAAGUGGUCCCAGAAAUGCAAAGUACAUCACCUGCAUUUGUCUGACUUAUAACAUUGCUAAAGAGUUUCAGGUUGGAUUUUUUUUUUCUUUGUUUUCUCAGUUCAGAUCUUUGCUUCUGGUUUUGCUUUACUUGCCUUAAACUUCUUUAAGACACUGAAGCUGUGCUGGCUUCGUGAAGCUACUGAGGCCUCUCCUGAGUAUGUAAAGACGAAUGACUUUGACUUGAGUGUAAAAUGACAAGAAUAAUGAAUUUGCAGAUGAAUGCCAGUUGUUGAAUGCAUUUGUCUGAAUGUGAGUUGAAGGAAUUCUGUAAGAUAAUGUGCAAUUUUUGAGAAAGAACAAGACGACAUGGGUGAUCCAUGUACAUAAUGUAUUUAAGUGUAAAGAGAGAGGGCAAGAUUGAAUGUAAGAUGUUUAUUUAUUGUAAAUGCUGACAGUUUGUUAUAUACUACAGUGGUGUUGGGUCUCCACUACUUUUCAGGUAUUGUGGCUUUUUGUUUUAUUACCUGCUAAGUUUGUCAUCUUGAGAUUUCUUUUUUCACCUGACAGUUUGCUGUCAUUGAAGUUAUCAUUAGAUAAACUUGAAAUAAAUAUUAAAUUAAUGGAAAGAAUUGUCCUGGAUUUGUAUGUUUUUGAUUUUAACUUGUCAUGUCCACACAGCUAAAUUUUAAAAACAUUUUGCAUGCAAAGUUAAAAUUACACCUGGUGGAUGAGUUUGAUACGUCACAGAUUUCAUUUAUAUUGUCUAAAAGCUUGAACUGGCAUUACUGCAAAUACUGUUUUUUUUAAUAUGCAGAGGACAUGAAGGUGAAUCGGUUUUGCAAGUUUGUCGCAUUUGCGUUUUUUCUAAACUAGAAUCGAGCAGGGCUGUCUUGUGUCUGUGAUCCAUUCCAAUAAAAAAACAACUGUUGUUACAGAU